UUUGAGGUCCACAGCCCUCUGUGGUCCUGCUAUAGACCAAUUUUCAGAGAGUGUCUGGUGUGUUCUGAGGUGUGCCAUCGUGACUGUUUGCCCUUGAUAAGGAAAGCAAGCUCUCUUGCUCUUGGGACAUCCUCGUUUCCUUUAAAGCUUUCAGGUCAUAACCUCUUUGGCCGGCAUACAUCUUUGUGCAAGAGGAAGGCUUUCUCAUGAAAGUGUCUCUUGGUAACGGUGAAAUGGGCGUCUCCGCCCAUUUACAGCCUUGCAAGGCAGGAACCACACGUUUUUUUACCAGCAAUACUCACAGUUCGGUGGUUUUGCAAGGCUUUGAUCAGCUUAGAAUAGAAGGAUUGCUUUGUGACGUGACCCUGGUACCAGGUGAUGGAGAUGAAAUCUUCCCUGUUCAUAGAGCUAUGAUGGCGUCUGCUAGUGAUUAUUUCAAGGCUAUGUUCACAGGUGGAAUGAAAGAACAAGAUUUAAUGUGCAUUAAGCUUCAUGGGGUGAACAAAGUUGGUCUGAAGAAAAUAAUUGAUUUUAUUUAUACUGCAAAACUUUCUCUUAAUAUGGACAAUCUUCAGGACACACUUGAAGCUGCUAGCUUUUUACAAAUUUUACCUGUUUUAGACUUCUGUAAAGUGUUUCUUAUUUCAGGAGUAUCUUUAGAUAACUGUGUUGAAGUUGGACGAAUUGCUAACACCUACAAUCUUAUAGAAGUAGAUAAAUAUGUCAAUAAUUUCAUCCUGAAGAAUUUUCCGGCAUUAUUGAGUACUGGGGAGUUUUUAAAACUCCCUUUUGAAAGGCUUGCCUUUGUGCUUUCCAGCAAUAGUCUUAAGCACUGUACUGAACUUGAGCUUUUCAAGGCUGCCUGUCGCUGGCUAAGGUUGGAAGACCCUCGGAUGGAUUAUGCUGCAAAAUUAAUGAAGAAUAUUCGAUUUCCACUGAUGACACCACAGGAUCUCAUCAAUUACGUGCAGACAGUAGAUUUCAUGAGAACAGACAAUACCUGUGUGAAUUUGCUUUUGGAAGCUAGCAAUUACCAAAUGAUGCCAUAUAUGCAGCCAGUGAUGCAGUCAGAUAGAACUGCCAUUAGAUCUGACUCAACCCACUUGGUUACAUUAGGAGGAGUUUUGAGGCAGCAGCUGGUUGUCAGUAAAGAAUUACGGAUGUAUGAUGAAAGGGCGCAAGAGUGGAGAUCUUUAGCUCCCAUGGAUGCUCCUCGUUACCAGCAUGGCAUUGCUGUCAUUGGAAACUUUCUUUAUGUAGUUGGUGGUCAAAGUAAUUAUGAUACAAAAGGAAAAACUGCUGUUGAUACAGUUUUCAGAUUUGAUCCUCGGUAUAAUAAAUGGAUGCAGGUUGCUUCAUUAAAUGAAAAGCGCACAUUUUUCCACUUGAGUGCUCUCAAAGGACAUUUGUAUGCCGUUGGUGGGCGAAGUGCGGCUGGUGAGCUGGCCACAGUAGAAUGUUACAAUCCAAGAAUGAAUGAGUGGAGCUAUGUUGCAAAAAUGAGUGAACCCCACUAUGGCCAUGCUGGAACAGUGUAUGGAGGCUUAAUGUAUAUUUCAGGAGGAAUUACUCAUGAUACUUUCCAAAACGAGCUCAUGUGUUUUGACCCUGAUACAGACAAAUGGACACAGAAGGCUCCAAUGACUACAGUCAGAGGUCUGCAUUGCAUGUGUACAGUUGGAGACAAGCUCUAUGUCAUUGGUGGCAAUCACUUCAGAGGAACAAGUGAUUAUGAUGAUGUUCUAAGCUGUGAAUACUAUUCACCAACCCUUGACCAGUGGACACCAAUUGCUGCCAUGUUAAGAGGUCAAAGUGAUGUCGGAGUUGCCGUCUUUGAAAAUAAAAUCUAUGUCGUAGGUGGAUAUUCUUGGAAUAAUCGUUGUAUGGUAGAAAUUGUCCAGAAAUAUGACCCAGAAAAGGAUGAGUGGCAUAAAGUUUUUGACCUUCCAGAGUCACUUGGUGGCAUUCGAGCUUGUACUCUCACAGUUUUUCCACCUGAAGAAAACCCUGGGUCACCUUCCAGAGAAUCACCUCUUUCAGCACCUUCAGAUCAUUCUUAGGACCAAGGUGUAAUACCUUUGCAGUGCAUCAUGGAUGAUCCCAUACUUCCCCUUCAGUUGUAUCUUCUUACAUUGAUUGGUACAGUUAUUAGAUAAAAAGACAAAAUAUACUUCUACAGAAAAUUUCAUUCAAAACUACAGAAGCAUACUAUCAGAAGUAAAACCAACGUUCUAUCCGCAGCUCAACGAUUGAAAGACCUUAGGGUUCUUUGAUCAUCUGUACCAUCAUUACCCUGAAUUCUUCCUCAGUUGUAGAAGAUCUCUUCUGGUUGGUUCUGGACUUUUUCAUUGAUGGUUGUUCUGCAAGUACUUGUGAUUUUGGUGUGCUCAUGAGAGGAG